AUGAAGGUCUUCUCCAACUCAGUGAUCUUCAAUUACUCUUGGGAGGAGGUCUCGGCCGCCAACUGGCGCAAAUACUGCCCUUGGAACGACAAAACGACACACGUGAUUGCUGUCGACACCAUCGGCCGCAGCGUCGACCCGGCCACGGGCAUCCUCCGUACAGAGCGCCUCAUCACCUGUAAACAGUCAGCGCCCAAGUGGUUCGCCUCGCUUGUCGGCGGAGCCAGUGCCGGUGCCGAUCCUGACGUCUCCCACGUUUUCGAGACCUCCUACGUCAACCCGGCCACCAAGACCGUCACCAUGGUCUCGCAGAACCUCACCUUCUCCAACCUCAUCUCCGUCCAGGAGUCCGUCGUCUACAAGCCCAUCAGCGCCACCCAGACCCAAUUCGUCCAGGAUGCUCAGAUCACAGCGCUCUGCGGCGGAUGGCAGCGCAUCAAGAACGGCAUCGAAGACCAGUGCGUGUCUCGCUUCCGCGACAACGCGAUGAAAGGCAAGGAAGGGUUCGAGACGGUGCUGGCCAUGAGUAGGAGGGUAUUUGCCGAGGAGCGCGAACGCGAGAUGCGUGUCCGCCAGGGCAUGGCAGCAUGA